AUCUCGCCGGAGAAGCUCGCGGAGAUCCGCGAGAACUUCGACGAGUUCGACUCGACGGGCGACGGCGAGCUCACGGAGUCGGAGUUCCACAGCGGGCUGACGUCCGUGGGCAUCGCGAUGUCCAAGGAGAAGGUCCAGGAGAACUUCGAGAAGCUCAAGGAUCCCGACACGGGCCGCAUCGUCUUCGAGACGUUCCUGCCCUUCAUGGAG